AUGGCAGGUAGCGGUGUGAGUUUUUUCAACAGAAGCGUUCCAUCAAUCGCUAUUCACAGCCUUUUUGACAAAUACGACACAAAAAGAAAUGGAAAACUUGGCGAGAACGAAAUGAAAUCUUUUCUUGAAGAAGCAUUGGGCCUUGACUUUGAGCAGGCUCAAAUAUACUUCUUUCUCGUCGACAAAGAUGGAGACCAGGGGAUCUCUUACAGUGAAUUCAAAGAAUGGCUGAGAAGCGAGGAAAAAUUCCAGCGAUUAAACGACAGUUCCAAAUUCGACCGACUCUGCACGGCUUUCGAGCAUUUUAAAGAUUUCGAUACCGACAACACAGGAACUUUGGAUAGAAUGCAGUUCGAGUCGCUUAUGAAAUUUCUGGGAUAUCCAGCAAAAGACAUGGAUAAAGUUUUCGCAGCUAUGGACAGGCUCAAUGAUGGCAAAAUUUCUUUUUGGGAAUUCAUGAUAUGGCUGGACUGGUCUCCAAUUGCUUAAUGAAGACUACAUGAACAAACUCCUCUCUGUACGACACAGGAGACUGUAGAAGAGAAACUCUCUUUACAGGACAGAUGCAAGCUGACCAUACUAUUUUUUGGUCGUUUUCUCAGAAACUGAACAACAUCUGAUAUGAUAUAAAAUCUUGAAGUUAUUCACGAGCAAUGACUGAGAGAUUAAAUAUAACGACAUCAAUCUUAACAAUAUACAAAAAGAAAAGAGAUAAAGAUAUAUAUUAUACCGCUCUACCCCGAAAUUUUACCAAGCGCUUUGUUUUCAAAUUGUAAGGCAAAGGUGUAUAUUUAUUUAUAUUUAUCUGUGAUGUAGAGGGAAAAUUUUGAUGUAUUAUAUAAUAUUUAUUACAUAUAUAUUUCAGUGAACUUUGCUUCGUCGCACGCAAAAUAAAUUGACGUUUACGAUUUUUCAUGUGACUAAUUAUUUCGUAAUUAAUUUAAUGUUACGGUCCACUUCAGUCUUUGAAGGACUGUAUAGUUAAUUUUACGUCAACAUGUGUCAUCUCUCCACUCUUUAUCAAUGACCAUUUAUAAUAAUGUCGAACUACGAAAACAAACCAGAAUUAAUUUCUCUGGAAUGCUGUAGCCACGGGAGAGAAAAACAAUCAAAGGUGGGAUAAAUAAACCGCAAUGAGAAAACGGUAGUUUGCGGUUCUUUCUAGAGAUUAUGCAAUAUGACACGUGCGAACUAGAAGGGCGGAAACUUUAAUGAGUAAUACACAAGGCAUUAUGGGAAGAAGCCGGGUUCUAAGACUAAGGACUUCUGGGUAAAAUCUCCAAAUUUGGCACUCUUACAUCGUCUUAGUCUAUGGGCGCUUGCCAUUUAGUCAAAAUUUCCGAAAUUUCCGGUUCGGCGGUAAAUGGAACACGUUUCGUUGGUUCGUCCCACUGGAAAAUUCCCAGAAAAAGUGCAAAAUCUAAAAAGGUGGUCCCGUUUUCCCGGUUGGAAUUUCCGAACGGAAUGUCGUGUUCCGUUUACGUUUCUCGUAGUUUGUACCAGUUCCAGGUCGGGCACCGCCACGUAACGGGGUUUACGACCAAAUGGAACAACUUUUUACCAAUCGGAAAUUCCACUUUUGCUACCACCGAAAUUUCCGGGGUUUUUUCCUAAAUGGAAAGCGCCCUAUGUUUACACUACACUGGAUAGGGCAUCUAUGAUUCACACUGAAGAACGGUUGUGGCGGCGCGAUUUCUAUGACGGAGCCAAACGGUCGAUUAAGUAACAUCGACUGACGGUUUUCACACUACGGAUAGAGUAGUAACAGAGUAUGUGUUUCAUACUCGCCUACGGGUUUAGAAAAAACGGUCGAUAGAUCCUCUCUUGCCCCUCUGCGUUUUAACGACGAGUGCGUGGAGCUAUUGUGUUCGAGAUUGCCCGCUUUUCUGCGUACUACUGCACCAGAGACGUAGUGACUUCAUAAAAUCUCACGAUUUAUGAUGUUGUCGAAGGGAUGUUUGUAUUAUAAGGACAGGUUUGGAUCACAAACUGUGUGAACAGAAAGAAAGAUAGAAAUUACACAACUCUAGAACUAGAAAACACCUACAUGAUUACAUAAACAAAAAGGUGACGAUCGAUAAACAUAGUCAUUACGAGAUGAAUUGACAGCUAAAAAAGAGAAGGCUAAUUGGGUUACAUUUGCUCACUUGGGCCAAUGAAAACCAUGGUCAGAAAAGACUUGUAGUAUAUCUACCAAUUCUGAGAAGGCUUAAAAUAUCCGCCACGCAGACCAUACAGCUCGAAAACGCUUAAAGGAGCUGCAUCACAAAUUUUAUUAAUUUUCUAACAGUAGGAACUGUCACCAAAUUAAAUGAAACAUAUGAAAUAAUCGCUCCAAAUAUAAAUUUAAAAAAGGCCUAUAAAACAGUGUUAUAAAUAACAGAGCAAAUAUAAAAGAAGGCAUGGAUGGGCAAAUUUCAAGAGGACUACAACGGAUUGAACUUGUGGGUUUUUCUGUAAAGACUCGUUAACCUAACAGUGGUCUAAAGUUCAUUUUGUUGUUUGUAAGGUUCCUCCUGGUUCGAUAUAAUGCUUGGGAAGUAAAUUGGCAUUAUUAACCCUAUAAAACCCUGAUGUCAAAAUUUAAAUUCUCAUUUGUUGUCUCUAUACAUUCCUAUAGAAGAAGUGGGGAGACGUUGUUAGAGUAUCAAUUAACUUCACCUUUUUUGAUCAAUCCCUUACUUCUUGUUACCAUCAUGUUUUAUGGAGCAAAGAUGUUACAAGGAGAAAAUUGAUGCUGAUCACACUUAGGGCUUAAAGGGUUAACAUUAUGAACAAGACGCCGUGACAAGGCAGCCCCUUUAAAGGGGCUGUGUCACGGCAGUCCAGUUCAUUUUGUUUAAUUUUGCCAAUUACUCGCCCUCAAUCGCUAUGGAACUUAAAGUAACCAAAGAAAUUACAUGUAAAUUACAAAAUCAGAGAUCCGAGACAAACAAAUAUGUCUCCUGAGCAUUAUUUUUGAAGUUGCAAGGCGAGAACUGUUAGGCUGAACAGUUUUCAAAAACCCUAAUUUCAAUCCGUUUCAAUCUUCUUCAGUUUUGCCCAUAUAUUGGUAUAUUUAGUGGUAUAUUUAAGUUUUAAGUUUUAAGCGUUUACUUUUAUGUUUCUCCAGAAGCUGGUUUCUCUUAAUUUAACGGGCAUUUUGUAAUUUCCUAAUUUGGCUGAAUUUCGUGACACAGUUCCUUUAAAGUAAACCCUUUACUUGCCAAUAGUGACAAAAACCAAUUUUCUCCUAACAAUAUCCAUAGAAUCCAUAGAUUGUCAAGAGACGAGGUAAUGAGAGUUAAUUAAAUGAUCACCAAAGUGAAAAUGCCAUGAUAUUUUAUUAAAUUCUCUCAACUCAUUCUUUAAGGAAAUAUAUAGAGAUCGGUUUGGAGAAUUUGUACGUGGAUAUUGGGACUUAACGGGUUAAAAAACAUGUGCGGCCUCAUCAAAACUUCGAAACGACCCUUAUUAUAAAAACAGUGCAUUUAAAUAUUACGGUGGCCCACAACUGUCACGGCAAAACCAAAAACCUCACGGCAAAAACAAAAUACCUCACUGCAAAACCAAAAACCUCACGGAAAAAACAAAAACCUCACGGCAAAACCAAAAACCUCACGGCAAAACCAAAAACCUCACGGUAAAAACAAAAUACCUCACGGCAAAACCGAAAACCUCACGGAAAAAACAAAAACCUCACGGCAAAAACAAAAGACAGUGACAGUUGUGGGCCACCAUAAAAUACAGUCGACUCCCGAUAACUCGAACCUUCAAGGGAAAUCGAGAAAAGUUCGAGUUAUCUGGUGUUCGAGUUAUCGCGAGUUUGAAGAAAAUAACCGGAAGUAAGGAAAUAAGCAAAUGGAUGGGGGGAAAGGCAAUUGAGCAACAAAGUACACGGGAAUGGACACUGAAUUUGAACUGGAGUGACAAAAAAGUAAAGACAAAGAAUUUACUCGGUUGUUUUGAAAUAAAUUCAAUGUUUCGGACUUCAGUACACGGUUUUUUCCCCGAGUUGUCAUGCGCUUAAAACAUGGUUCGAGUUGUUGGGGGUAAAAUUGUAUAGAAAUGAACUAAAGGGAAACAAAAAUUACUUCGAGUUAGCGGAAGGUUCGAGUUAUCGAGGGUAAAAUUACAGUAACUGUAAGAAGGAAAACCAGGGGAAAUCGACUUUGGUUCGAGUUAGCAUGAGGUUCGAGUUGUUGGGAGUUGACCAACUGUAAUCACUAUUUUAGCUCUUCGGAGACAAUGCAUGCUGCAUACAGGACAAAGUGGCCAAGAGAAAACGAAUUAGUCAAAUUAUUUGCUUAGUCAUGGCUCAUCCUUGUCCUUCCCCGUAAAUUUUGGCACGUCCCUCUAAUCUGAAGGCUGAGACAGGCUAGAACGAUCUUAAAAAUUUCGGAAAUUUACCGGUUUGUUUUGCGUUUGUUCUUUUGUCAGUCCCAAGUGCUUGUUGACUAAAAACACCGCCUUUCUUUUCUCAAGAUUCACUUAAACGGAAAAUACCAUUGACACGGAGAAAAAUGGCAUAUUUUGACGUAAACAAUACAAGGUAAUUUGCGCAUCAAACUUCGUUUUCGCAAAUUCAUGACGACGUUUUCUCUCCCGCUAUUUGUACAACAGGUGUAAAAUAAACAAACACUCAAUGGCAGAAACUUCCUUCUUUUUAUCACCCACGUAGUAAAGAAAUAUGAAAAGCGAAUUUGGAAACCAAAGUUAUGGAUAUAUAGACGCCUGGAUUGUUGCGAUCCAGACUCAAAGGGACGGCGAUCGAGCGUGUCUUGACGUCAAUAGGCAGCCUAUUACUGCUACUUUACUAGAAAGCCAUUAAUAUAAACCAUCUGCUUUCGAUUUAAGCGUUAUAAAAGACAAGCGAACAAACAACCCAUCAAUUCGUUUACAUUUACGUUUUCCUCAUUUCAGCGAAUAAGUCACUCUCACGAUGCAAGCUGGAACAAGUUUCUUCGACAACAACACCCCCCAAGUGGUUAUUCGAAGCCUUUUCGACAAGUACGAUAAAAGCGGAACCGGUACGCUAGACGCGCAAGAAUUGAAUGAACUUCUGCAGAAAGAUUUAGGCUUCAAGAAAGAACAAGCCAAUGUUUACUCCAUGCUGCUGGACAAAGACGGCGACCAGAACAUAUCAUUCGAGGAAUUUCUCGCCUGGCUGCGAAGUGGGGAACGUUUUACGAUGAUCAACGAUCAAAUACAAUUCAAGACUCUUUGCAAAGCAGUGGAAUUAUUCAAAACGUACGACAAAGAUAACAGCAAUGGCUUGAACCAGGAAGAACUGAAACAUUUACUCGUUUCUCUUGGGUACCACGACGUUGAUGCACAGAAGUUCUUUGAAUACCUCGACCAGCACAAAAAUGGGAAGAUUUCGUUCUGGGAGCUACUAAAGUGGCUGAAUUGGGUACCGAUGGAGUGA